AUGGCUCUGUAUACAAGGCAACAGCUUCGUAGCGGUCGCCUUGUUGCCAUCAAGAUUUUGGGUAAUUCCAAAGCUAAUGGGCAAGACUUCAUCAAUGAAGUUGCAACCAUUGGAAGGAUUCACCAUGUUAACGUGGUGCAACUCAUUGGCUUUUGUGUUGAGGGUUCAAAGCGUGCUCUCGUAUACGAUUUCAUGCCUAAUGAAUCUCUUGAUAACUACUUAUUUUCUCAACAGGGAGGUAUCUCUUUGAAUUGUGAGAAAAUGUUUGAAAUUGCGCUUGGAGUGGCUUGUGGUAUUGAAUAUCUGCACAGAGGAUGUGAAAUGCAAAUUCUGCACUUUGACAUCAAACCUCAUAACAUUCUUCUUGACGAGAAUUUUCUUCCCAAGGUGUCUGGUUUUGGAUUAGCAAGGCUAUGCCCACUCGAUAAUAGCAUUGUAUCUUUAUCAGCAACAAGAGGAACUAUUGGAUACAUAGCACCAAAGUUAUUCUGUAAAAACACUGGAGGUAUUUCAUACAAAGCUAAUGUCUAUAGUUUUGAAAUGAUGUUCAUGGAAAUGGUUGGCAGAAGAAAGAAUUUAAAUGCAACCAUAGAGAAGUCAAGCCAAAUAUACUUUCCAACAUGGGUUUUUGACCAAUUGAGUGAAGGAAAGGACAUAAAAGUUGAAGACGCCACAAAGGAGGAAAAGAAUAUCAUAAAGAAGAUGAUCAUUGUGGCAUUGUGGUGCAUAGAAAUGAAGCCUAGUGACCGUCCUUCUAUGAAUAAAGCAGUUGAGAUGCUUGAAGGAGAAAUUGAGAGCCUUGAAAUGCCUCCAAAGCCUUGA